GAUUGUGAUGUCCAUGGGUUCUUGCAAAGCAUUGCAAAAUUUUGGUGGGAUUGAUGAGGGAGACUCUAAUGUCACAUAUGUACAACCUGAGGUUAAUUAUUUGCUUUCUUUAGUUUUAACAACUUUAGGAAGGUCACCAGAUAUUCAACGUGGACUAACAAGAAUUUUCCACCGGACAGCCACUGCAUCUGAAUUCAUUUCAGUCAUGCAAGCUAUUUUAUUUGUUGGGAAACAACUUCAGCGACUUCACAUAGAAGAGAAAGAUGUUGAUGAGAAGGGGCAAUCAAGGAGUAUGCACUCUGUUUUGUUAAGAAAGUUGAUUUUGACAGCUUCAUCAUCUGGUAUAAUUGGGAAUGCUGCAAAACUAUUGUCCACCCUAAACAAAGAAGCAGCUGAUAAAGGGGAUUUACCUAACUUAUUCAAUAUUUCAAGUGGCCAAUUCCCAGAGGUUGCUAAAGCAAGGUCACUGGUUCAAUCAGCAAAGGAGAAAUUGGAUUUAUUAAUUGGAUUGUAUCGGAAGCAGCUUCGAAUGAACAAUUUGGAAUUCAUGAGUGUUUCUGGGACCACACAUUUGAUAAAGGUAGUUCAGCGAAACAAAUUUUGCGAGAACUUAUAUAUGUACCUCGCCAGAUAACAAAGUAUUCUAAUAAUUUUAAUGCUAUUUGAUCUGCUAGAUAUUAAUCAUUUUUUUCCUUUGAUUUACAAUUUUAAGCCU